AUGGUUCAAGUAUUGGACGCAGGUUACGGUUAUGGGUUCGUCGUCGGCCUGGGCGCUGCAUUCGCCUUCAUCAUGAUCUUUGUCACUAGGGUUCUGACAAGGUACAUGGGAGAAGUUCAGGACUCUGAGCAUUUCUCAACCGCGUCGCGUUCGAUCAAGUCAGGUCUUAUAUCCUCGGCAGUGGUUUCUUCAUGGUGCUGGCCCGGAACGCUACUUUCUUCAUGUGUGUAUACCUACAGAUACGGUGUCGCUGGCGGCUACUGGUAUGGGAUCAGUGGUAUAAGUCACUCAAUGCUAUUUACAUUGAUCGCUCUGCAAAUGAAGAGAAAGGCAACUGGUGCACACACUAUCGUUGAGAUCGUGAGGGCCCGUUUUGGCAAAGCGGCUCACUGUGUUUACCUCUUCUACUCUUGUGGUACAAACGCUAUCAUUGCCAGUAUGCUUUUGCUUGGUUGUUCGCAGGCAUUUGCGCACAUCUCGGACAUCCACAUUGUUGCGUGUGCUUUCCUCUUCCCUACUAGUGUUGCAGCAUAUACAAUGCUUGGUGGUCUUAAAAGUACGUUUUUGAGUGACUGGAUUCACACGGUCAUCAUAUACCUUGUUAUCAUCUGUUCUUUACUUGUCUGCUAUGGUAGCUCCAAUCUCAUUGGGUCGACAGGCAAGAUGUGGGACCUACUACAAGAAGUGUCCAAAACGCAUCCCUCGGGGGGACACGAGGGGAGCUAUUUGACGUUCUCGAACAAGGGUCUUGUCAUGCUGGCCUGGAGCCAAAUCAUGAGUGGAUGGGCCACUGUGUUUGCAGACCCAUCCUACGGCCAAAAGGCCAUCGCCGCCAAGCCCUUGUCGACGAUUUCUGGCUAUGUUAUUGGUUCCUUAUGCUGGUUCAUUAUUCCUUGGAGUUUCGGACUUGGGACAGCCCUAGCGGCUUUAGCACUCACGAACAAUCCUGUGUCGCUAACCUACCCAAAAACCAUUCCCACAGAGGAAGUGAACAUGGGGAUGCCUCUUCUGUACGGCCUCUACGCCAUCAUGGGUAAAUCUGGAGCGGCGGCCGGUAUUCUGGUGCUCUUUAUGUCGUGCACAUCUUCGCUUUCAGCCGAACUGGUGUCAUUUUCCUCGGUUAUGACUUACGACGUCUACAGGGCUUACAUUAAACCGGACGCCAACGGCAAACAGCUAGUCAGAGUGUCGCAUUUUUUCGUUGCUGUGUUUGCCUUGUUCGUCGCCGGAUUAACCGUUAUGUUCAAUUACAUCGGGAUCACAAUCUCAUGGAUUUUGACCUUUAUCGGUAUUGUCUUGGGCGCUGCUCCAGUUGGUAUCACUCUUACUUUGUUUUGGCCAAGAAUGAGUAGACACUGUUUCUACUGGGCGCUGCCAUUGGGUUCUUUCACUGGUCUUGGAUGCUGGCUGGGUGCAUGCAAGCAUUUCUAUGGAGAGAUCAACAAGAACAAUCUGUCUUUAGUGAACUCGACCAUCAUUGCCAACUUCUCGACCUUCGGAGCAACGCUCCUCUAUUGUAUUGUGAUCAGCUAUCUCAAGCCUGAUUAUAGCUCACUCGAGAACUUGCAGGACAAGUUUACUGUGGGCGAUGAUGCGACUGCCAAGGAAAAGAAGCUGAUGCAGUUGGAUGAGGAAACAAAGGCCAAGCUAGAUGCCGUGUUCAAAUGGACCAGCAUUGGGGUAUUUGGGCUUUGGGCUUCUUUCACAUUUUUACUUCCAUUCCCAAUGUAUGGUCAAAAGUACAUCAUGUCCAAAGCAUUCUUCAAAGGUUGGAUCGUUGUCAGUAUUAUCUGGCUCUUCAUUGCGUUCUUCUAUAUUACUUUCUACCCGAUCUAUGAAAGCAGAGAUGCCAUACUUGAGUUUUACAGGAAAGUCACAGGUAAAGAGAAAAGCCAAGUUGAAUUGUUUUAUGGUGAGGAGCUUCGCCAAGAUUCCCCCGACGAGUUUUUGAAGAGUACAGAGAUAGAGGAAACCAAAGAAAAGGGUGACAGAAGUUCCGAGUAA